UUGCUACAAAAAUGGCCGCCGGCGAUAUCCCCAUCUCCGACUCCAACCAAAGGAUCUUGAAUCACUAUCCUGUAUACCUCAAUUUCAUGGCUGUACUUUUCGCAUUAGUUAUUCAGAUGCGGACUUUGAGCCCAAGAGCAAUGAACCAACUACGAGUUGCUGUCAUAGUUUUUACAGUAAAUGUUGCUGCGAGUUUGGGCGUACAACAAACAUCAAAUGGGUCCAUCCGUUGUUGUUCGAGGGCUCAUCGACGCUUGUGUGUUUUUAGGACAAUAUUUUACGUCACCAUGCUAGUAACUCCGGUGAUACUGCUCUUUAUUUUUGUUGUAGAGCCGAGCCCUUGGCAUCCGAUACUGGAAUAUUUUCAUAGCAUUUGGUCAAAUAUUAAGAAUCUCGUGUUUGGUGAAACCGCAGUAGCUACGGCCUUGCCUCCGCCUGAGAUCGAGGAUUCCGUUUACCGGAGAAUCUCCGUUGGUGUCUAUAAUUUCUUGGGCAGGCCAACAGAUCCAAUUCUUCCGGUGAGUAUGCCUCCUCCGACAACAGCCAGCCGGUGGAGUUCAGUUACAUCUUCCGGCCGUCGCUUUCUUGACCUCAAGGUCAGCUCAAUGAUUCAACUCCUUUUCCUUUGA